AUUUUAUACAUUCACAAAUAUCAUAUUUCCGAUAAGCAAUUACUAUGAAUCAUUCAGAAGACUUAGAUUUGCUUACUGUGCGUACAACAGGAUUGAUUAAGCAAAUAGAUGAAGCAUCUUAUACAUUACUUUCACGAUUUUGUCAGAUAAUUGAUAUAGUUGGUAAUGAUGCAAAAGAUCAGUGUACAGUAGCUUCUGAAAGCUACCAGAUUGAAACGCAUGCUGCUUCUAUGAUUCGAUCAGCAGAAGAGUUAUUAUUAAUUUCACGGCUGAUUAAAGAAGCAUGGAUGUUAUGGGAGACAAAUGCAUGGGAUCCUGUGUCAGAACAAAUGAAAGAUACAUCUUUACCGUUGGAUCAAAUUUUAACACUAUUAAAUCAAUAUAAAUAUAAUCAAAGUUCUGAAAAUACAGAAACUAAGCAACAAACACAAGAAACAAUUUAGAUACAUAAAAAAUAUAUUAUAAAUAAUAAUUUACGGUUAUUUUUUG